UCCGCUGGCGCCACCAGGAGUCUCCCGUUCCCAUAGUAACAAGCCUUCAGCGGGUUGUAUUGCUGUCUGUAUAGAGGAAAGGUUACCGAGCGGUCCUAGCGCCGUUAGAUUGGAUGCUUCUCUAAAGCGGUGGGAGAAGCAGUGCACAGUUCUCCGCGUAGCCGAGUCCGGAAGUUCUGAGGGGGAAAAGUAGGAAAGGCAUGAAAAAAAACAAAAACUUCUGAGCAACUUCCACAGAGCCCACUGGCACGCUGGUUUCUCCCGCAGGUCGGGUCUUACUUCAGGUAUCUAAUAACCAGCACCGUGUAUCCACAGAUCCAUGGGUCUGCCGACGCUGGAGUUCAGUGACUCGUUCCUGGACAGUCCGGAGUUCAGAGAGCGGCUGCAGUGCCACGAGAUCGAGCUCGAGCGCACCAACAGGUUUAUAAAAGACCUCAUCAAAGAUGGAAACAUGCUCGUGUCUGCCCUUAAAAGUCUUUCUCUUGCUGUUCAACGGUUCUCUCAGUCUCUGCAGGAGUUUCAAUUUGAAUGUAUUGGAGACGCUGAGACUGAUGAUGAAAUCAGUAUAGCUCAGUCCUUAAAGGAGUUCUCUCAGCUCUUGAGCACCAUGGAAGAGGAGAGAAAACGACUGAUCCAGAACGCAGAUGACGUGUUGAUCUCGCCGCUGGAGAGAUUUCGUAAGGAGCAGAUUGGAGCUGUUAAGGAGGGAAAGAAGCAGUUUGACAAGGAGACAGAAAGGUACUACUCCGUUCUGGAGAAACACCUCAGCUUGUCCUCCAAAAAGAAGGAAUCACAGCUACACGAGGCUGAUUCACAGAUCAGUAAGGACAGGCAGGUUUUUUAUGAUGCAUCGCUGCAGUAUGUCUUCAAGAUCCAAGAAGUGCAGGAGAGAAAGAAGUUUGAAUUUGUGGAGCCGUUACUAGCCUUCCUGCAGGGUUUGUUUACGUUCUACCAUGAGGGUUACGAGCUGGCCAGUGAGUUUGAACCCUACAAGCAGCAGCUUCAGUUCAACCUGCAGAAUGCUCGCAAUAACUUUGAAAGUACGCGUGCUGAGGUUGAGAGGCUGAUGAAGAGGAUCCGGUCUGCAGAAGAAGACUUCAAAGCCCCCAGUUGCUUUACCAUGGAGGGAUAUCUGUAUAUACAGGAGAAACGUCCAUUGGGCAGUGUGUGGACCAGAUACUACUGUACCUUUGAAAAAAGCUCCAAGAUGUUCACCAUGAGCAACACAGAUGCCAGACCAGCCAGCAGACAGAACGGCAUUGUGAACGGUACACCUGAGAUGUUCAAGCUGCGCUCCUGUGUCAGAAGGAAGACAGAUUCAAUUGACAAACGCUUCUGCUUUGACAUCGAGGUGGUGGAGAGACAUGGCGUCAUCACCCUUCAAGCACUCUCUGAGUCAAACAGGCGGCUGUGGAUGGAGGCAAUGGAUGGAAAAGAACCUAUUUACACUCUGCCUUCUUUACUCAGUAAAAAGGAGGAGACAUUUCUCAACGAGGCAGGCCUCAACUUUGUUAAGAAGUGUAUUGAGCUGGUUGAAACAAGAGGCAUUACCAUCGUGGGACUGUACAGGACUGGGGGAGUCAACUCCAAAGUGCAGCGGUUGAUGACGAGUGUGUUUGGUAAGAAACACCCUGCUUUCCACGCAUCCACAGCUCCCACUGACAUGCAGCUGGAUGCAGAUGCCUGGGACAACAAGACCAUCACCAGUGGUCUAAAGAAUUAUUUCAGGUGUCUGGCAGAACCAGUACUGACCUACAGGCUGCAUAAAGAAUUCAUCAAGGCUGCAAAAUACGACGACCAGAAGUAUAGAGUGAGAGCAAUUCAUGCUCUUGUACACAAACUACCAGAAAAAAACAGAGCUAUGUUGGAUAUCCUGACCAACCACCUUCUCAAGGUGUCCUCUCACAGUGACCAGAACAUGAUGACUGUGUCCAACCUGGGAAUGAUCUUCGGCCCCACUUUGAUGAGGUCUCAGGAGGAGACGGUGGCCGCCAUGAUGAACAUCAAGUUUCAAAAUAUUGUGGUGGAGAUUAUCAUUGAAAACCACCACAAGAUAUUUGGUGAGGCUCCAGACCUGUCGGUGCCGUUACCUCCGGCUCCAUCCUCUCGGUCGACUCCCCGCAGGAACAAAGCCAUCUGUCUGUCGUCUGGAAAGAGGAAGGCCCGCCUCUAUCCUCCGGCUCUCUGCCUGGCAGACAACGACAGUGACACCUUCAGCAGCAGCCCCAGCACGACUCCGAUGGGCAGCCAGGAGUCUCUGUCCUCACACUCCUCUGAGAAGAACGGAUUGUCUCCGACCUCUCCUCCGUCCUCUCCUCCUGCCGAACCCGACUCGUCCUCCACAUCACCGGUGUCUCCUCAUGCGGCUUCCUCCUGCUCCCUGUCCCACAACUCCUCAAACGGGAAGGAUCAGAAACACCCGACAGACAACACGGCCUCCUCUCACCUUACGCCUCCCUCUUUCCGGACUUCCUCCCAGACCUCUCCGGCCCGGCAGACUUUCUCUGUGUCCUCCUCCACGUCCUCUUUACUCUCCACAGAGAGGAGUCUGUCCGUCAAAGGAAACUCGACUGCCUCCUUGUCAUCUGUUAAAGAGUCAAGAUCUCCCUCCGUAACCUCCUCGUCCACUGUCUCCAUCCAGCACUCCUCGGUGGAUCGCGCCUCCUCUCUCAGGGAGGGUCGACCUCUUCAGAGAGCGUCGUCUGCCUCCUCUCUGAAGAGCUCUCAUUCAGUCGAUCAAAGAAAUGCGUCCAGCGCCACCUCCACUGUCACAGAAACCAAAGCGACUACCUCUCCUGCUCGGCAGCACAGAAAAACGUACAUGACUGCCUCCUCCUCGUCUUCCUCCUCAUCUUCAUUAUUCCCCUACCAGCUUUCCACAUCUUCCUCUCUGACCUCCCUACACAUCUCUGAAGAUUACAAAAGCUGUCACGGAUCGGUACAGAGUCUCAUGUCGCUGGACCCACAAGAGGCAGCACAGAGACGUAAACCAUGCCACACUCGCUUUGGCUCCGAUCUGACCACGAGACACUCUGCAGCUGCCACAUCCAGCAACGGUUACCAGAAACCUGGAUCAGUAUUAUCUGUCAGACUACCGCAGCGUGAGAGUUCAGUAUUCUCCUCAGCAUUAGACGUGUGUUCCUCAGGAAGGGAUGCAAAAGCUCUUUACUCCUGUGAGGCAGAACACAGCCACGAGCUCAGUUUUCCACAGGGGGCGCUGUUCUCAAAUGUGUACGCUUCUGUGGAACCAGGUUGGCUUCAGGCGACGUACAACGGCAGAACAGGCCUCAUACCUGAAAACUACAUCACAUACAUGUGACAGACCCCGAUGAUGACAUCACCACAUCACUGAAUAACACAAUGAUCUGACUUUGACUUUAGGGACCUACGGUGCCUACAGUAUACUCUGUGCUGCUAGUCAGAGUUGUAAUAUAUUCACCAUGUAACUGUGACUGUUAUCACUGAACUACUGGGGCUGGAUAUGAACGAUACAUGUACUGUAUGUAUAUCUGACUACUAUAUGUGAACCAUGUUAGGUAUUUUUAACCAGUUUAUAAUACAGUAGAUGUUAAAAUCUUAAAUUUUAAAGACUUUUCCUUCAUUCAUACAUGAAGGUGUUACUUAAUCAAUGUUAUCAUCUCCUCUUUUAUGUUUUUCUUCAAUGCUAUACUUAUAUGAAAUUUGUCUGUAAGGUACACGGAGACAGUAUUUUUUCUAUUAAUCCUGAUAAUUUAUGUGUUGACUAUCGUAUUAAUGUUAUAGCUGUGAGUCCAGAGAAAGUGUUAACACCUCUGUGCCUUAAAAAGUAUGAACUAAUGGUGUGAGACUGAAUCCUGCAAUAGCACCCUCCCUCUACUGUCUGUCAGUAUUUAUGCAGUCUAAAUAAAAGACAAAUAGUUUACAUAAAAACUUGUAGUUGAAGAUUAAUUUUAUCAUAGUUUAUCAUAUUUUUCCCCCUCCAAAAAAAGAUUUUUGAGUUGGCCACAGUUUGCUUAGACAUAUCCUAGUUAUACCGUAUACCACUGUGCAACCUUAUCAUUCUUUAUAUUCCAAAACAAUCGGGGAAAUCAUUGUAUGUUAGUUUUGCUAAGGUACUUUUUUUUUUACUGAAAAUGAUAUGUAUUCAUAUCCCUUAAUGUUUUAACUUGUGUAUCCAUGUGUGUGAAUGUUAUAUGUUCAAAUGAUAAAGAUGGACUGUAUUCGGUAGGGGAUGGAUCCCAUAAUAUACCCUGUUCUUUAUGUGCAUUAUAAACAUAUAAACACAUAAUUAUGCAAUUCACAAAAUACACUUUAAUCUUAUGUCAUACACUGUACAUUCUUAUUUUAUGUUAUCAAUGAUUUGUCACCAUCGCUGUGUAUCUACAUUCAACGAC